AUGGGAUUAUUUGAUAAAAUAAGGAAUAUUGAAAAGUUAAAUGAAGCAGAAUUAAAAAAUAUUGGAAAUAAUGAUAGUUCUUGGCACGAUCAAUAUAGAGAUUCGAGUUACAUUUAUAUAGGAAACUUAGAUAAUAGAUUAACAGAAGGAGAUAUUGUUAUAGUUUUUUCUCAGUAUGGGGAACCAAUAGAUGUUAAUUUAGUGCGUGAUAACGAAACAGGAAAAUCAAAGGGAUAUUGUUUUUUAUCUUAUGCUGACCAGAGAAGUACUAUUUUGGCUGUAGAUAAUUUCAAUGGUUAUAAACUUUUAGAAAGACCACUUGUAGUUGAUCAUAUAUUAAAUUAUAGGUUGCCCAAAAAAUAUUUGAAGGACGAGGAUAAAAACGAAUACAAACCAACCGGUGCCGAAGGACAAGGUAUAGGUGUUUAUAACGUAGUUGAAAGUGAGAUAAAAUUAUCAAAAAUUUUUGAUAAAAUAAAGAAUAAAUCAAAUGAAGAGAAGAAAAAGAAAUUAUUAGAUGAAGAUGAAUUAUGGGCAUUAAAUUUUGAAAAAUCCAUAAAAAAGGAUAUUAUUAGUCCUAUAGGACAUGAUGAAAAAUCACGACAUAAUGAAGGAAUGAAAGAAGAAGAAGAAGAUUAUGAUGAUGAUGAUUCUGUUGAUAUUAAAUAUAAGAGACAUAAAGAGGAAAGAAAAUCCUUGACCACAAAAAAAUAUGAUAAGAAAGAGAAGCAUAAAAAAAAGAGUGAUCAUAAAGAUAAACAUAGGAGAAGAGAAAGUCAUUCAAGACAUAGGGAAAAAGAUAUAAAUAAAAAAUCGCAUAAACGUAGGCAUAAGCAUAGGCAUACUUAUGAUAAGUAUAGUAGUAAGAGCAGAAGUUAUAAUACUUCAUCAAGUACUGACAGAUGA